AUGCAUGGCCACCGAGUCCCGGGGGGCGCCGGGCCUUCGGAUCCCCAACACCCGGCCACGAAUCCCCCAGGCGCAGCUCCAUUGGCCUGUGCCGACUCGGACCCUGGAACCUCGGAGCCCGGACUACCCGUGCGCAGAGGCUCAGGCUCCACUCUUGGCGGCCCACUGGAUCCCCAGUUUGCCGGACCCUCGGACACCAACCUGGGUCCUGCUCCAGGGCCCCGGGUCUUGCCCUGCGGCCCCAGUCCACAGCACCACCGGGCCCUGCGCUUCUCCUACCACCUGGAGGGCUCGCAGCCUCGGCCUGGGCUGCACCAGGGAAACCGGAUCCUGGUUAAAAGCUUGUCCCUUGACCCUGGCCAGAGCCUUGAGCCUCAUCCAGAAGGCCCCCAGCGGCUUCGCUCAGAUCCAGGCCCCCCCACUGAAACCCCUAGCCAGCGUCCUUCACCACUGAAGCGGGCACCAGGCCCAAAGCCACAGGUCCCCCCAAAGCCCAGCUACCUGCAGAUGCCCCGGAUGCCCCCCCCAACCGAGCCUAUCCCUCCUCCGCCAUCCCGCCCACUACCUGCAGACCCCCGAGUGGCCAAGGGUCUGGCCCCCAGGGCAGAGGCCAGCCCAAGUUCUGCAGCAGUAUCCUCACUGAUUGAGAAGUUUGAAAGAGAACCUGUGAUUGUCGCCUCGGAUAGGCCAGCCCCUGGCCCCUGUCCAGGUCCCCCAGAGCCAGCCAUGUUGCCACAGCCACCCCCGCAACCACCAGUGUCCCAGCUCCCUGAGGGUGAGGCCUCCCGCUGCCUGUUCCUGCUGGCUCCUGGGCCUCGGGAUGGUGAGAAGGUACCUAACCGUGACAGCGGCAUCGACAGCAUCAGCUCGCCAUCCAACAGUGAAGAGACCUGCUUUGUCAGUGAUGAUGGGCCUCCCAGCCACAGCCUCUGUCCUGGGCCCCCUGCCCUGGCCAGUAUGCCUGUUGCUUUGGCUGACCCCCACCGGCCUGGCUCCCAGGAGGUUGACAGUGACCUGGAAGAAGAGGAUGAUGAAGAAGAGGAUGAGGAGAAGGACAGAGAAAUCCCAGUGCCUCCAAUGGAGAGACAGGAGUCUGUGGAGUUGACUGUGCAGCAGAAGGUGUUCCACAUUGCCAAUGAGCUCCUGCAAACUGAGAAGGCUUAUGUUUCCAGGCUCCAUCUACUGGAUCAGGUGUUCUGUGCCCGUCUGCUAGAAGAAGCUCGGAACCGCAGUUCCUUCCCAGCUGAUGUUGUACAUGGCAUCUUCUCUAACAUCUGCUCCAUCUACUGCUUCCACCAGCAGUUCCUGUUGCCUGAGCUAGAGAAGCGCAUGGAGGAAUGGGACCGCUACCCACGCAUUGGAGACAUCCUGCAGAAGCUGGCACCCUUCCUCAAGAUGUAUGGCGAGUAUGUGAAGAACUUUGAUAGGGCUGUGGAGCUGGUCAACACCUGGACAGAGCGUUCCACCCAGUUCAAAGUCAUCAUCCAUGAGGUGCAGAAGGAGGAAGCCUGUGGCAAUCUGACAUUGCAGCACCACAUGCUGGAGCCUGUGCAGCGCAUCCCCCGCUAUGAGCUGCUUCUCAAGGACUAUCUGUUAAAGCUGCCUCAUGGCUCCCCAGACAGCAAGGAUGCCCAAAAGUCUCUGGAGCUGAUAGCCACAGCGGCAGAGCACUCUAAUGCUGCCAUCCGAAAAAUGGAGCGAAUGCACAAGCUGCUGAAGGUAUAUGAGUUGCUAGGGGGUGAGGAAGACAUUGUCAGCCCCACCAAAGAGCUCAUAAAAGAAGGCCACAUCCUUAAGCUGUCAGCGAAGAAUGGGACCACUCAAGACCGAUACCUCAUACUAUUCAACGACCGCCUCCUUUACUGCGUGCCCAGGCUGCGGCUCCUUGGCCAGAAGUUUAGCGUGCGGGCACGCAUUGAUGUAGAUGGCAUGGAGCUAAAGGAGAGCUCCAACCUCAAUCUGCCUCGGACCUUCCUGGUGUCAGGAAAGCAGCGCUCCCUGGAGCUCCAGGCCAGGACAGAGGAGGAGAAGAAAGACUGGGUCCAGGCCAUCAACUCCACCCUCCUGAAGCAUGAGCAGACGCUGGAGACCUUCAAACUGUUGAACUCAACAAAUAGGGAAGAUGAAGACACACCCCCCAACUCUCCAAACGUGGAUCUUGGGAAGCGGGCACCUACGCCCAUCCGGGAAAAGGAAGUCACCAUGUGCAUGCGCUGUCAGGAGCCCUUCAAUUCCAUCACCAAACGCAGGCACCACUGCAAGGCCUGCGGGCAUGUGGUUUGUGGGAAGUGCUCCGAGUUCCGGGCCCGCCUUAUCUAUGACAACAACCGCUCCAACCGAGUGUGCACUGACUGCUACGUGGCCUUGCAUGGGGUGCCUGGGAGCAGUCCAGCCUGCAGCCAGCAUACACCUCAGCGCCGGAGAUCCAUCCUAGAGAAACAGGCCUCCGUGGCUGCAGAGAACAGUGUCAUCUGCAGCUUCCUGCACUACAUGGAGAAGGGUGGGAAAGGAUGGCACAAGGCAUGGUUCGUGGUCCCUGAGAAUGAACCCUUGGUGCUGUACAUCUACGGAGCCCCUCAGGAUGUGAAAGCCCAGCGCAGCCUGCCCCUCAUUGGCUUCGAGGUGGGGCCUCCUGAGGCAGGGGAGAGGCCCGACAGAAGACAUGUCUUCAAGAUCACCCAGAGCCACCUAAGCUGGUACUUCAGCCCUGAAACAGAGGAGCUCCAGCGACGCUGGAUGGCUGUGCUUGGCCGGGCAGGCCGUGGGGACACGUUCUGCCCAGGGCCCACACUGUCCGAGGACAGGGAGAUGGAAGAGCCACCAGUGGCAGCUUCAGGAGCCACUGCUGAACCCCCUGAAGUCCCCCAGACCCGAGACAAGACCUAGAGGGUUUGGGGGGAACUGGGAGCCCCCAUCCCACACACUAGCUGCCCAUGUCCAGUUGGGGGGUUCCAGCCCCCUCCUUCCCAGCUCAGUCAAUACUUGAACUCCCAUCACGGGCACUUUCAAUCCCGAAUGCUGGGUCUUGGGUUUUUUAAUCAUCUUUUCACAAAACGUGGGCUUUU